CUUCGGGUGCUCUCAAGUCGGGGGAUGGCUACUGGCCGAGCGCCCCGGGAAGAACCUCCGUUCCCGUGGAGGUGCGACAUGCUAGCCGGCAAGGCGGCUAUCGUGACAGGAGGUAGAUCGGGCAUUGGUGCGAGUAUCACCGAGGCACUGCUCCGAGCAGGUGCUUCCGUCGCUGUUCUCGCGAGGAGCCGGUCAAAGUUCGACGGCCUCCUUCCUGUUCUCGAGGAGAAGAAACUGCCGGUCGACAAGACCCACUUCAUUCCAAUCGAUCUGUCCAGCACGGACGACAUCAGGCGAGCAGCCGUCGAAGCAAAUGACUGGGCGGGCGGUUGCGCGGACAUCCUCGUCAACAACGCUGGCGUGGCCACUAUAGCCCCCAUUCUCGAGGCCACCAUCGAGGACUGGGACUGGACCAUGAACGUAAGAAAUAGGAGAGGGGCCGGAAACAGUAGCCGUGAAGGACCCUUCCAGCGUGAUACCUAA